AUGCUUCAAGUGCUCAUUGACGGAAGGGUGGACGCCACUGGCUUGCUCUAUAUACCAUGGAGCAAAUAUUGGUUGGCCAUUGCCAUUGCCAUUGCCUUCGCCAGCUACAUAGCAUUAAUUGGGUUUCUUCGAUACCGCCGCAUGUUAAGGAUUGGGGCCCCAUACGCACCAGGCAAGAAGGACUUGUCAGAAAUGACGGUAAAGGAAGCACAUGCUAUCCUGAACCAGUUACAGGAGCUCGAGUUUCCACAUGCUUUUGCUAAAGCUCGCAAAAUUGCCCUGUUGAAGGCUGGAGGUAUCCCGACUAUGUCUAAACUCUUCGCGGUCACAGGUCAAAACAAUAAGCGCAAUUCGGGGAAGCGCGCUGUUGACACGGAAAUCCUCUUGCGAGAGGUGCAGUCCAAGCCUAGAGAUUCCGAUCGAUACGCGUCAGCUGUGGCCAGAAUGAAUUAUCUCCAUGCCCGUUACCGUCGUGCCAACAAGAUAACGGACAACGAUCUCCUCCAUACUCUGGGUGACGGUCUUGCCGAGAUCUUGAAUGUCGUUGAAAGAGAGGAAUGGCGCAAGCUUAGUGACGUUGAAAUAUGUGCUCUCGGUAUCUUUCAUAAAAACUUGGGAGAAGACAUGGGAAUCCCCUUUGACCCGCUUCCGUCAAAAGGAGACGGAUGGAAAAAUGGCCUGCACUUCGCGAUGGAAUUGAGAGACUGGACAAUCCAGUACGAAGAAGAAGUGGCAAAGCCCACGGCGACAAAUGAUCAAUACGUUCGAAUAUACGUUGAUUCGGCAUUGGCAUUCCUUCCUGGGUUCAUAAGAACAACUGUGCGAAAGAUGCUAGGUAAUGACUUGGACGAUGUCAUGAGAACGAGCCUUUGUCUUGAAUCUCCCGGUCCAGUCCUCUGGUUUCUACUGGCGUUCAUCCGAGAGGCACGAAAAUUAUUCCUCCGAUAUCUUGCAUUUCCACGGUCUUCGUCCAAUGCUGUUAACUUAGUGCGCGACAUGCCGAACCAAGUAACACGUCUGUAUAAUUUUGAAAGAAAGACCCUGCAGCCAUGGUAUGUCCAGCCGACUUUCUGGUCAAAAUGGGGACUCGGCGCGUUGUUGGUCAGAGCAUUGGGAGGAAAGGUGCCCGGGUCGCGAGGAGACCGAUAUCAACCCGGAGGAUACGACUUGAUGACGAUCGGGCCGGAUCCACAGAAGGAACAUGGAGCGGAGGAGAUGAGAUCCGAUAUCGAGGUAAUCAAAGCGCGAGGUGUGGCUACAUGUCCUUUCUCGCACGCAAAGGCAAAGUCGGGUCAGUUUGAGUGA